CCUGAGGCAAACGGUGCCCCACGUCUUCUCCGCCAGGAUUGCCAAGAGCCAUGAAACACCACGCGAAACCCACCAUCAUCCGCCCAACACUAACUCUAAGCUCAGCCGUUGCGCAAUCGCCCAGCUGUGCCCAGAUCUCAGCUAGAGCGUGACUUGAACACGCUGAGCGAAGGUUUCAAACAAGCUUUUGCCCCCCCGAGUCAAGCCUCCUGGACUUGUGCGCCGGCCUGCAUACGGCACUGGACAAGCAAUUGAGACGUCUUAUCUCGAACAUGUAGCACGCGCAUGAAACCGGUUCUCCCGUACUCCCGUAGUGGAGUCAGAGUCGGUGCUUCUGCUAUAACAAUGCAAUCUCCCUGCAUUCGAGCUGAAUGGAACCAGACUACUUACUCAAAAUGCCGUUCAUCAACUCCAAAGGCGCUUCCACACUCGGUCACACAUUCAGGAACUUUGACCAGACGAUCAUCACAGUCAAGGUCGGCCCAAAGCACGACCAGGAAUCAUUCAGUUCUCACAAAGAGCUGCUUCGGCGAUGCUCAACACAUUUCGAUCAAUGCCUCGGCGAGGAGGAGCCGUCGCCAUAUAAAGGCUCAGGGCCAUCACUGGAGCUCGAGGACGUGAGUCCUGAUGUGUUUGAUGCUUUCAUGAUGUGGCUCUAUACUGGUUUCAUCCCACAUCAUCUCAUUGAGGGCGGAAAAGAAGUUCAUCCUCCAACACACGCCAUCGACAUGAACGGCGCGAACGGUACAACAUAUCAUCCAGAGAGUGGCGAUGUCGACACAGCAUCAUGGGGCAUAAGUCUCGAAAACGACGACACCGCCAGCCAAACCUCUGAUGGGAAAGCCCCCAGUGCUUCAGAAGUCGCCAGCGCAGACAAGGUCCCGGGCUCACCCAGCGACGGAGAUAAUCUCAAUCCCUCACCUCCGGUCCGCAACCCUGCUGAGAAGCCUGAGCUUCCUAAAGAGACACUUUGCCCGUGCUGCUCGCGUCCGUACAAAUGGCGGGGCCUUGAAGGCUUUCUGGAACGUCGCUUCAUCGCCCUCUACAUCUUCGCACACCGCUACUCCAUUCCUGCGCUUCGCCGUGCCGUACUCCUCGCCUGGCAAAUGAACGACGAGAUUUUGCAAUCGAUGCCCGACCAUAGCAACGUCAUUGCGGCCUACACUUCUCUUCCCCCGGACUCGCCGCUUUGCCGGUACUUCCUCGACAUGUACACCGUGUACUGGAAUCCAGAUAAGGACAACGAGUUUGCGAUCCCGUUACGGAGUCAGCUGCCCCAAGCUUUCUUGUUCGAGUUGGUUACCAUGUUGGCGAGAGGCGAGAGGCCGAAGACGGAGAAAGAAUGGUGCGAGUUCCACGAGCACGAGAACGAUCAGGAGAAGAAGGCCUGUUGUGAGGGGCUGGGGAAGGACCCUAUUGCCGUGAAGGCCCUAAGGAGGAUAAGAGAUAGUAAGGGGUGGAAGGGGUUGGUGUUGAAGAAGGGGAAGCGAUGAGUCUCACGCGAAGACAUGUUCUUAGUAUUCUGAGGUUCAGCGACCCAAUCAUAGAUGUAGUUCUGUUGGAGAUGUUGCGCCUCAACGAUCUUCAGAGGUAGAAAGAGUUAAGCGAGCAGUAGUCAGAUUCCCCUACUAAUCUAUCUGUAAAGGUAACUAGCUUUUAUACUUCUGUCUACCUAAGCCAGACUAGCUUCCUCUAGAUUUUGUUCUAGAGUAAUCUGUCUUGCCCUUCUCAAUCCACAUCUGCU